CACCGUGUUAUGACUUUCCCGAGUGCACUUGAACGCUUCACAGCUACCUGUUGAAGCAGACGUGUUUUUUCGACAGCGACGAAUCUUAAAAAAUGACCUUUCUCCAUCCUUCUAAAGAUAUAAAAUCCUCAACAGGGCGGGUCCAUUUGAUGUAUUUGUUCAACAGAACAGUAGGUUUGACCAACAUAUGUUGCCUAAAUUCGCCUGAGCUAUUUUUUUUACCAACAUAUGCUAUUGCUAGCUGUAUUUAGCGUUGUGUUGAAAAUGGCGCACACACAAGUCCACAAUUAAAGUCUCAUUAGGCUCCUAAUCAUUAGAGGGAGUGGUUCCAGGAUACGCGCCAGCAGCCAAGGAGUUAAUCCGAGCUGUGUCGCUAGGGGAAGGAGGAUGCUUACGGAGGAGCAGCGGCACAUCUCCAGCUGGAAAAGAGGCGCACAUCAGCUCCACUUGCAGGAAGAACUGUUGAAUGUCUCCAGGUUUGUCAGAGGAUAAAAAGUCAGUGGAUUGCAGAAUUCGGAUCUGGAUGUGUCAGGUUAGUCCACCUUGCAGGCCUGCGUAAUUGCUGAGCUUUUAAUUUGAAAAAAAGAAGAAGAAAAAAACAGACGUGUUGCGCUAAUGACUUCGAAAUAAGUGCAAACAUCUGGAGGAUUCCACCAUCAGCACAAAGUGCAAACAGGUGGUUUGAGGGAGCUGCGAUGAGUGCGCACUGGCGUUAAUGCUUUGAUUUGUGCCGCACAAAGUGUUCAUUUGUGGCGGGUACUGGGUCUAAAUGAUCAGCUCCGUGUGUGUUUCGUCUUACCGAGGGCGAAAGUCCGGCAACAAACCUCCGUCCAAAACAUGUCUGAAGGAGGAGAUGUCCAGGGGCGAGGAUUCGGAUAAAAUCAUCAUCAACGUAGGUGGCACCCGGCAUGAAACCUACAAGAGCACCCUAAGGACCCUGCCCGGGACCCGCCUGGCAUGGCUGGCCAACCCGGACCCGCAGGUCAGCACCGAGGAGUCGUCCGACUCGGCGCCUCCGAGCACCAACGAGUUUUUCUUCGAUCGACACCCGGGGAUCUUCGCCUAUGUGCUCAACUACUACCGGACUGGGAAGCUGCACUGCCCGGCCGACGUGUGCGGACCUCUCUUCGAGGAGGAGCUGGCCUUUUGGGGCAUAGACGAGACCGACGUGGAGCCUUGCUGCUGGAUGACUUACCGCCAGCACCGGGACGCCGAGGAGGCCCUGGAGACGUUUGAACCGCCAGAACCGGAGGACACGGACGACGACAGCGAGAUGCCCAGGAGGUUCGGCAUAGAGGACUGUCCUGACAGGUCGAGGGGGUGCUGCGAAGUUUGGCAGCCCAAGUUCUGGGCCUUGUUUGAUGACCCCUACUCAUCCAGAGCAGCCAGGGGAGUGGCACUUGCAUCGCUCUUCUUCAUCCUGGUGUCCAUCACCACCUUCUGCUUGGAGACCCACGAAGCCUUCAACGAGCUUCAGAACCGCACAGAGCUGGUGGUUGUGGGCAACGUUACCCGGGUAGAGGAGAGGUGGGAAAUGGUGACCAAGCCCAUCCUCAUUCUGGUGGAGGGCGUUUGCGUGGUCUGGUUCACCUUUGAGUUCCUGGUGCGAAUCAUCUGCUGCCCAGACAAGUUGGUCUUCAUAAAGAAUUCGCUGAACAUCAUUGACUUUGUGGCUAUUUUACCUUUCUACCUGGAAAUGGGCCUGAGCGGGCUGUCAUCCAAAGCGGCCAAUGACGUGCUAGGUUUCCUCCGAGUGGUGCGUUUUGUCCGGAUUCUUCGGAUCUUCAAGCUAACGCGACACUUUGUAGGUCUUCGUGUGCUUGGACACACUUUGAGGGCCAGUAUAAAUGAAUUCCUCCUGCUCAUCAUCUUCUUGGCUCUGGGUGUGCUCAUCUUCGCCACAAUGAUAUACUACGCCGAGCGUAUCGGCGCCAGUCCAGACGAUCCCACAGGUUAUAAUCACACGCACUUCAAGAACAUCCCUAUCAGCUUUUGGUGGGCCGUCGUCACCAUGACAACUCUUGGCUAUGGAGACAUGUACCCGCAGACGUGGUUGGGCAUGAUGGUGGGAGCGUUGUGUGCGCUGGCUGGGGUCCUGACCAUCGCAAUGCCCGUCCCGGUCAUCGUGAAUAAUUUUGGGAUGUACUACUCGCUGGCCAUGGCCAAACAGAAGCUGCCCAAAAAGAAGAAUAAGCACAAUCCCAAUCCAGAUACUCAAACUGACUCUGCAUCGUUUGGGAAGUCGGAGACAAACUCACACAGAAACAGCACUCAGAGUGACACUUGUCCACUGGCGGCUGAGGAGAAAGUGAGCAGAAACCGAUCAGACUCCAAACAGAACGGGGAUGCAAACGUGACCCUCUCAGAGGAGGAAGGCAACAGUCUGACCCAGCCGCUGUCCCCCAAUGAAAAGUGGUCACUGCGUUGCACCCGGGGGCGAGAUAGAUCUAAGAAAGAAGCCACCUGCUUCCUCCUAACCCCAGGAGACCCCGGCGUCCACAGUGAGAGCUGCAAAGACAUGCUGGCGCCGCCUGCAAACUACACUCAGACAGAGGUCACCUCGCUAACCUGAUGCUGAACGGCUUUUAAAAGAAACAGAAAAGAUCAUGAACUCAAGGUGCACAACGAAGUCAGCAUCUGUCUCUGUUUUUUUCCCUUCCCUUUGAAGGAACUGUAGACUGAAUUAUUUUUACUGAGGACAUUAUUUUAUUUUUUACUCUCUAUCAUUCAUACAUACCGUGUUGAAUACAAUUGCAUACACUCCUAAUGUAUAUAACAUGUUUUAUGGCAUGUAUUGCAUGAUCUAGUGUUGUACCUAGAAAGUGUGUUCAUCAUUUAUUAUUAGAUUAACUAAUGUAGCAAGCAACAUUCGCAUCCAAGUGAGUUUUUCUUGUAUAUUUAGUAUGGAGUGCAGAAGUAGAUUGUUUGAACUCAUUAAAGCUUUUAGUUGUUAUGCCAGAAAACCUGUCAAUAUGGGGUCGUACAGUCUAACUGUAACUGUGAACUAGGAUUAGACAAAAACUGUUUUAUUCUUAGUGUCUUCAUUCUGCGCCAUUUAGUGUGCAAAUCUUUAUCCAAAUGCAGGAAAGAUCAGACAACAAGUUUGUAAAGUAAACCUUUUGUACAGUUUGAGAUCACAUUGUCUGCUUUUGACAUUCACUGUAUCAAUGCUGGUUGAGUCAGGACCAAAUGUAAACUAUUGGCGUCCAUUUUCACGAGCAUUGAAAAUACAGUACAAGGCGGGUUGCACUUAGGCCUCAUGUGGAUUAAUGGUGCACGACUAUGUGCUGUAAUGUAAUCUGAUUACUUCCUGCAAGUCGUGUGGAAAGCAGCUGUUGUGUUUUUCCGCGGACAGCAUUCAUUCUUUCUCAUGAUGUGUUUUGUUGUCCUCACAGCCUACCAUAGUGGCCUUAUGUUUAUUAUAACAACUUCACUCUCCAUGUAUAGCUUUAGUUUAUAAGGACAUUUGUAAGUAGCACAGUAGAAUAUUCUGGAACUCAUCUGUAUGUAUAUGUGACGUGUACGUACCAAAUAAUAACAAAUUAUUCUUUUGAUAACUCACCUUUUAAGCCGUAUUUCCUCUGCUCUGUAAAUGAAGAAGCACAUCAAUUUGUUUCAAGACUGUUUGGGCCAGAUGUCAAGUGUGUGUGUGCGUGUGUGUGUGUGUGUGUGUGUGAGUGUGUGUGUGUGUGUGUAACUUGUAGACAUGUGUGU